AUGGAUGGUUUAUUGAAGCUGUUGCAGUUGAACACAAGAUUCGUCACAAACAAGAUUCCAAAAGAGUUUCUGCAACGAAGAGUGGGGCUUGGAUAUGCAAUGAAGUAUCAGAAGCUGGACAGGUCAGUGAUACAGACAUGCAUUAGAUCGAAGAGGAAGAAUGAAGAGCUGGCACACAGUAUGCCGCUGAGUAAUAGCAGUGCUAUGCACAAUGCCAACACAAAUGAUGGCGAUGAUGGCGAGUGCGGCCGAUCAGGUAUCGUAAAGCAACGAAAUACAAGUGCACACUCAUACAGAACAUCAAAGAAGGAAUGCACAAAACAGGUAUGCAAGCCAGCCCCGAAUGAAAAAGCUUGA